CACGCUCAGAAAAUAAAAUGCGUAAUGAAUUGAUCACUUUAUUUUUCAUUGCAGAGACCAAGUAUUAAGGUUCUUAUUGUAUAAGUGUGAAUGCAUAAGCUUUUCUUUUCGGAAUCAGUUUCUUGUGUGAGUUUAUUGAUAACUUAAGGCGCGCCUGAGAUUUCUAGAUAAAUUAAUACCUGAAAUUUCUUUCUUUAAAAAGCAUUCGAUAAUAAACUUACCAAAAUACAAUAAAUGAUAAAGCAUUUAUAUACAGCUACUACCUGCGUAUUAUUUAGUCAAGGUGUAUUGAAACUAAUUUGAAAACGUUUGUUUAAGGAGCUGAAAAGUUAAGAAAAGAUAAUUGAUAUUUCAUAUAAGAUUGGAGAAGAAUAAAGAUCCGCCUUGCAAAAGACACAGUUACAUUCUUCAAUAAUGUGAAUUCAGUGAAUCAAUGAUAAUGGUAUCAACUACAUGGAUGAAGUUUGUUACGAUUACCAUUAUCAGCUCUACGAUACUUUGCCUUCCACAAGGUGGUAAGAGUGUCAAGCAAUUUGAUUAUUCUCAUUUAGUAACAGCUCCAUGUCCGGCUGGUUACUUUCCUUGCAAUACAUCUGAUGUUUGCGUGGAGCAACGAAUGAACUGUGAUUCGAAACAGGACUGUCCUGAUAACUCUGAUGAGUGGUCUUGUGAGGAUCAUUAUAGGAAAAAGUACUAUGAUCAACUCUUCAGAAAGCGUCCGGAUGCCGAUAGAGAAAAAAACAUGACUAAUUGUGAGCUACGGACGUCACCAGAAAGAUGUAAUUGCUCAAAACGGAGUCUAUUUUGUACUCAUCAGAAUAUUUGGAAAGUUCCAGUUCUUUUACCAGAAAAUCUACAAGAAUUAGAUUUAUCCGGAAAUAAACUUCACCUUAUUAGAAAGUCCGAUUUUCCGGAGCUUUCAAAUCUUGACACUUUGUUGUUGACAUCGUCAGAAGUAACUUUAUUGAAGCCCGGGGCAUUGGGAAAUCUGUCGAACUUGAAAAAACUAUACUUGACCAGCAAUAGAAUAACAAGCAUAGGCAAUGGAACAUUUAGAAGUAAUACCAAGCUUAAGCUUUUGGUAUUGUCUCACAAUCCUUUAAGAGAUAUAGAUGCCGAGGCUUUUCAAGGAUUGUAUAACCUUGAGGAACUGGAUCUACGAGAUUGUGCACUCGAGAGUUUACCAUCAGGAGUUUUUGAUGAUCUAUCAAGGCUUAUAUCUCUUUGGUUGGAUGGAAACCAAAUGAAUAUUUUGCCUGAAUACAUUUUUGAAAAUUUAAGAAUUCUUCAAGUGCUAUCUCUGUCAAGAAACGAAUUGACAACCAUAAAUUCCAACACGUUCUGGGGUUUGGAGAAUUUAAAAAGCUUGGCCAUUUCAAUGAAUCGCCUACAUUACCUGAAAGCCAAUACUUUCGGUAAUCUUACCUCAUUGCUCAAACUAGAUAUCCAUGGAAACGGGAUUCGUGACAUCGAUAAGAGAGCAUUUUCAUCUCUAGCUAAGUUGGAAUCACUAAAUCUUAAGAAAAAUCCUUUAAAAGGAUUGCAACAAGGCACAUUUAAUGAUCUUUUGCAAUUGAAGCACAUAUAUUUCGAUGAAUUUUAUCUAUGUUCUUUGGCACUGCACGUACGCGUAUGUGAGCCCAGAGGAGACGGUAUCAGUAGCAUAGCUCACUUGUUGGACAGCGUAGUACUGCGAGUCAGUGUAUGGCUUGUGGCAUUCGUUGCUGGUUUGGGCAACGUUGCUGUACUUAUCGGAAGAUUCUUAUUUGCUGAACCUAACGAAGUUCAUUCGUUUUACAUCAAAAACUUAUCUUUGGCUGAUCUCUUGAUGUCAGUCUACUUAUUCGUCAUAGCUGCUUAUGACGUCCUCUUCAGAGGAGAAUACAUUCUUCAUGAAGCAAAAUGGAGGCACAGUUGGCAAUGUAAUGUAGCCGGAUUUUUAUCUACACUUAGCAGCGAGUCAUCUGUGCUGAUACUUACAAUAAUUACUAUUGACAGAUACACAUCUAUAUUAUAUCCGCUAUCUUUGAAACGAAGAACAAUCGCUUCGGCAUCCGCAGCGAUGGGAUCAGUCUGGUCUCUGGCUAUAUUACUUUCAGCUUUACCUUUGUUAGACAUUGGAUACUACGGGGACGAAUUUUAUGGGAAUAAUGGAGUGUGUCUACCUCUACAGAUUCAUGAUCCAUUUGGACAAGCUUGGGAAUAUUCAACUUUUCUGUUUUGUGGCCUCAACUUGGCCGCCUUUCUCUUCAUUCUUUUCGCCUACAUCUCCAUGUUUUUCACAAUUUCUAACUCAAAAAUAGGAUUGAGAUCAACACAGCAGCUACAGGAUCGAACUAUAGCCAAAAGAUUUGCUUUCAUUGUGGGCACUGAUUUUCUAUGUUGGGUGCCAAUCGUUCUCAUUAAAGUCAUAGCCAUGGGAGGAGUUCCCAUCCAAAAGGAUCUCUAUGCAUGGGUAGCUGUAUUUCUCCUGCCCGUGAAUUCGGCUUUAAAUCCAGUUUUAUAUACUCUCACAACAAAACUUUUCAAACAACAUUUGGCGAAAAUUGUGUAUAGUUGCCGAACUCCAGCUCACGCGGCCAAUGACAGUUCAGGAAUCUCACUCACAUCCAUCCUCCACCAUCGAAGCUCCAAGAAAACGCUUGUCACCACUUUCUCUGAGAGAGACCAUACUUCUUUUAACCGUACCUCACUCUUUGCACCGGAGAGGACAGGGAAUUUUCAGAACAACAUUUCUAAAAAACGUAAAGACUUUCCCUCAUUCAUCAAAGAAGAUAUGAUUUAAAGAUUCUUAUCUUGAAUUUCAACAUUCACAGUAUUUUAAAAUUCCUUAAGGAUGGAUUCAAAAAGUGAAACAUGCAUUUUAAUCUUCUUAAGUAUCAUAUUUUUCUUCGUAAAAAAUGCACUUUCUAGUUUUUUAUAAAAAUUUAUUUUUUUGCCAAUUCACGAGGUGACCAAGGUUGAUUACAGAUUAAUUUAUUUGUUUCAUAAUUAAAUUUGAAGUAAUAAUUUUGAUAGUUUUAUGAGUUCUAGUAUUUUUUUCCCAAUUAAAUGCAUUGGUGGAUAUUUUAUCGUUAUGAGAAAUAAGAAUAUUUUUAGAAAAAAGAAUUUGAGAGUUUGAAAAUAAGAAUAUUUUUGUUUUUCAAACUUUUAACGUACUAUGGACAAUUAUGUCCUGUGCUAUGAAAAAAUUCAUAAGCAUGAAAGAGAGAACUUUGAGAACAAAAAAAAAGCAAUGUUAUAGGUUAACAUUCCUGUAAAAUUUGAAUGGCUAACACGAAAAAAUUUCUCUCCGAAUGUUUUCUGAAAAAAUAACAGAAAGGAAGACAUUUUUCGUGCUAGUUGAAAGUUUCGAAGCUCAAUAACCCCGAACUAAAAUUGAUCUUUGAAUGAAGAACAUCAUCUAUUACUUUUACAUAAAAUAUUUCAUUUCAAUUUUUAAGUUCUAUAACAUAAAAAUGUAACAUUUACAUAAAAAUGUAAUGAACAGUUAAAUUUAAAACGUUG